UUAUUGACAGAUUUAACACAUCAUCGUAUUCCUAACGGGGGGUUAGACUUCCAUAAUGGUGAAACGAUGAUUGAGAUCUCGGUGUCGUAUUCAUAGAUAGGCUACCAACUUUAUCAAACAAACCAGACUCCGACCUCAGCAAGGCAUGGAGGCCCACGGCUCAGCGCGGCUGCUGUCCCGGAAGAGGAAGCGGGAGGGCUCGAACGGUGAAGCAGAGGAUGGAGAGCGGCCUGGCAAGAUCAAGCGCUCCACCAUGGCCUUGAAAGACCCAGCGCCAUUUGCAGAUCAGCUUGACUCCGUGGAAAAACGGCCAUAUCAACGUGUGAGCAUGGAGGAGGCUCGCAAAGGGACUGCAUCGGACAGACCGGUGCGAGUCUAUGCUGAUGGAAUCUUUGAUAUGUUCCACUCCGGGCACGCUCGAGCCCUCAUGCAGGCCAAAGGACUCUUCCCAAACACACACCUUAUCGUGGGAGUGUGCAGUGAUGAGCUCACGCACAAGUUCAAGGGCUUCACUGUCAUGAAUGAGGAUGAGCGGUACGAUGCCGUCAGCCACUGCCGCUACGUUGAUGAGGUCGUCCGCGAAGCACCCUGGACACUGACACCAGAGUUUCUGGCAAAGCACCGGAUUGACUUUGUUGCCCAUGAUGACAUCCCAUACUCCUCAGCUGGAAGUGAUGAUGUUUACAAACAUAUUAAGGACGCUGGGAUGUUUGCUCCAACCCAGCGGACAGAGGGCAUUUCAACUUCAGACAUCAUUACAAGGAUUGUCCGUGACUAUGACGUUUAUGUGCGUCGCAACCUUCAGCGCGGUUACACGGCAAAGGAGCUGAACGUUAGCUUUAUCAACGAGAAGAAGUAUCACCUGCAGGAGCGCGUGGAUAAGGUGAAGAGGAAGGUGAGGGAUGUGGAGGAGAAGAGCAAGGAGUUUGUGCAGAAGGUGGAGGAGAAGAGCAUCGACCUCAUCCAGAAGUGGGAGGAGAAGUCACGCGAGUUCAUCGGCAACUUCCUGCAGAUGUUUGGUCCCGAGGGAGCCCUGAAGCACAUGUUGAAGGAGGGCAAGGGCCGCAUGUUGCAGGCCAUCAGCCCGCAGCAGAGUCCCAACAGCAGCCCCCAGCGGGAGCGUUCGCCCUCGCCCACCUUCCGCCUCCCCUUCUUCACCAAGACGUCGCCACCCUCCUCUCCUCCAUCCCAGCACGGCAGCAGCUCCCGCGGCUACACCUACGCGGCACGGGGACAAACCAUCAGCGAAGAUGACGAUGAUGAGGAUGACGACGAAUAAAUAGGCUGUCCGAGCCAGCCACUCCCUUUUUAAGAUGACUUGCACACCUGAUUCAGCUUAUCUGACUUCAACACCCUCACACUAAUAACUUGCAUUUUAUAAUAUUAUUUUAGAUUUUAUAUGUACUUUUCCCUUGUUUUUCUAUGUUCAUGUAUGUGUAUGUUAAUACUCAUACACCCUGGUUUAUGCAACCAAGAAAAAUGCACUCUGAGAAACAGUGUUCUUGUGGUGAGUAGGUCUGGAUGAGUGGUUUUUAAAAUGGCAGUUUGUCGCCAACAGUAUUGUAGUACUUAAAUCUUCUUCAUGUGUAGGCUGUUUUUAGCACAUGCAGUAUACCAAAAUUUGGAAAUGCAUGAGGACUACAGGACUGAUAAAGAGUUUGAUUCUUGAACUGUGAGGUCUAUCAGUUGGGGCAGGAUGCAACUGCUCCUGAAGGCCAGUUCCUUUGGGUGCGACAUGUACUAAUAAUGUAACUACUAAAGCAGCAAUAAUGCUUGUAAUAUUGUUCGGUGAACGCGUUUGAUAAUUCCUGUGAGUUAUUGUUCAGGUUCAGAUCAGGUUUGCAGUUGGCAGCAAAGCUGUCUGUACAGACACAGAACUGUUGUAGGUGCUUACGGUGUAGCUCCACACCAGCAGCAUACUGCUGAUAGCGGGUGACAUUACUGUACACAUACAGACCCUCUGCUGGUUCCAGGUCACCCUCAGAAUUACUUUGCACUGUGAUUUUUAUUUGUUUUUGUCAGACGUUGCCAGUUAUUUCAUUGUACCGAUUCCAUGGGUACAGGAGUCAUGUUUUGCUGUGUUGAGACAGAUACGGUGGAAGUUUGUGUCUGAAGUGAUUUUGGCACAGUAUGGGAAAGGUCCAUAGAUCAGCAAAAUCUGUUUGCGGAUUGUCUCCCUUUAAAUUUUACCCUACAGAAAUAAGAUGAGUAGAUGAGUCCGUUGUCAGGAUCGGGAGAACUGAAGCAGUUUGGUCAAUAUAAGCAUUUCUAAUAUCUCUUUUGAAGGAACUGAAUAAUCAAGUAACUUAUUACGUUACAAUUUCACAUGCUUGUAAAACAAGGAAUAUUGUUUGAAGAGUUCUAUUACUCCUAUGUGAACUGUGGAAGACUAUAUAAAGCACCGUGACCAUUGUGGUAUUUAAGACUGGCAAAGGUGUGUGUCUGUUACUAGAAGUAUUUUAAGUUUAGUUCUUUAAAACUUGACUUAUUUUAAAAUAGAACGGCUCAGUGAUUGAGUCUUGUAUUUUCUCAGCAAAACCAUUUGCUGUGUAAAUUUCAGAAAAUAAUUUAAAGCGGUUAUUGGCACUGAUUUAUCUUUGUAGCAGAUGGUCAUCCAGGCUUGUUUGUUGACUUAAGUGGCUUGUGAAUGCACCAAUCAUGCAAGGGCAAAAAGUUAUAUCGAAGUAUUUAAAUAAAUGAAAUUAUAAAACAUGA